GUAUGACGCCCUCUACGGUUUCUACUGCGCGUAUCUGGCAACACACACAGCACCCACUCUCACGGCUGUCGUCACUGAGGUCAGGUAGACGGAGCGAAGAUGGCGACCGCCUACGAGAGAUACAAUUUGCACACAACCCCAGAGAAGUUCUUCAUUGAGGCCUGUGAUGAGGGGGCUGAUGCUGUGCUGGCAAUCGACAGGGUCUCAAAUGAGAUGACCCUUACAGGUAAAAAGGAUGUCCCUCCCUCAGCAGUCACCAGGCCUAUAUGUGGCAUUAUGGGAACCAUUCGCCUGGUAGCAGGGAUGUACCUGAUUGUCAUCACCAGGAAGAGGAAUGUGGGCAGCCUCCUGGGCCAUGCUGUGUGGAAGGCUGUGGAUUUUGAUGUCAUCUCUUAUAAGAAGACAGUGCUACAUCUCUCAGAGAUCCAGUCACAGGAGAAUAAGACCUUCCUGUCAAUGAUUAACAAUGUGCUGACUACAGACGGCUUCUACUUCUGUACUGACUACGACCUGACACACACUCUGCAGCGGCUGGCCAACACCAGCCCUGACUUCCAGGAGAUGAGUCUACUGGAGAGGGCAGAUCAGAGGUUUGUGUGGAAUGGGAACCUCCUGAGAGAAUUGGCUGCACAGCCAGAGCUUCAUAAGUUUGCACUUCCGGUUGUCCAUGGCUUCAUCGUCAUGAAGCCAUGUCGUAUAAACGGGAAGAUCUUUGAGUGGAUCCUCAUAUCCAGGAGAAGCUGCUUCCGGGCUGGUGUCAGAUACUAUGUUAGAGGCAUCGACUCUGAAGGCCAUGCUGCUAACUUUGUGGAGACUGAGCAGAUAGUUUUGUAUGAGGGAGCAAAGGCUUCAUUUGUACAGACACGAGGCUCCAUGCCCUUUUACUGGAGUCAGAGGCCCAACCUCAAAUACAAACCUAAACCUGUCAUCAGCAAAACCACCAGUCAUCUGGAUGGUUUCCAGAGGCAUUUUGACUCUCAGCUCCUCAUCUAUGGGAAGCAAAGUAUUCUCAACCUGGUGAAUCAGAAGGGCUCAGAGAAGCCACUAGAGCAGGCCUUUGCUAAGAUGGUGUCAGGCAUGAACAAUGGUAUGCUCAAUUACAUAGCCUUCGACUUCCACAAAGAGUGCAGCCACAUGCGAUGGGACCGUCUUCAGAUCUUAGUGGAUGCUGUUGCUGAGACACAAGAUGAAUAUGGCUACUUCAUGGUGAACUCAGAGGGGAAGACGGUGGCCCAGCAGAAAGGAGUCUUCCGUAGUAACUGUAUGGACUGCCUGGACAGGACCAAUGUCAUCCAGAGCCUGCUGGCCCGACGCUCCUUACAGUCUCAGCUCCAGAGAAUGGGAGUUCUGAAUGUGGGCCAGCGGAUUGAAGAGCAAGCUGAGUUUGAAAAGAUCUACAAGAACGCAUGGGCUGACAAUGCCAAUGCAUGCGCAGUACAGUACGCAGGAACUGGAGCCUUGAAAACAGACUUCACAAGGACAGGGAAGAGGACCAGAUGGGGGCUCCUGAUGGAUGGUUGGAACUCUAUGAUCCGCUACUACAAAAACAACUUCUCUGACGGAUUCAGACAGGAUUCCAUUGACCUGUUUCUGGGUAACUUUGCUGUUGAUGAGUCAGAUGGACCCACACCUCUUCGUGUGCAGAAGGACUGGAAGUUCCUCACGCUGCCCAUAGUUAUGCUGGUGGCAUUUUCCAUGUGCAUCGUGUGUCUUCUCAUGGCUGGUGACACAUGGACAGAGACCCUGGCUUACGUGAUGUUCUGGGGGGCUGCUAGUGCGAUUACAGCCACUAUCAUCCUGUUUAAUGGCCAAGACUUUGUGGAUGCCCCCAAACUGGUUCAUAAGGAGAAGAUGGACUGAGUGGUGCUGUGUGUGAGUGAGUGUGUGAGAGGAGCAGCUGAGCCCAGCAGCUGAGCCCAGCAGGCUCAUAUACCUCUUCAUCUUCACUGUCUUCUUCCCCAGGUCUGGACUCUAAACUGAUCUGCUGCCUCCACAGUGCCCUUGUCUUUCCCCAACUGUUUUUCUGUCAUUUGUCUACAACAAAUCUGACCUUCUUCUGUGGUACUGCACACACUCUUUCACAUGGUUUACAUUCCGUAUACUGUAUCUUUAGGUCGGUUUUGUUGGUUUGUUGGUUUUGUUUGGGUUAGGUUAUACAGGGGGUCUCUGAUGAUACUUUGGUCAACUGUUUCACUACUGCUCUUUUUCUAUUUCCUUACCAUUUUAAAUUUUUAAAUCUGUAAAAAUGUUACAACAAUAAUUUUCUACUGUAUUUAAUCACACACUUUUUGGUUAAUGGCCCUACACCCACGCUUGUGUUUAUAGAUACUUUGGCUGAUUAGACCCCCGGUCAGCAGUCAGUCUGAAGUUGGGUGGAACUAUGCUAAAGAUUACAUCAGUUGUCACUAAACUCUACAUACUAUAAAUGAUAAACUUUGAGUGAGGGAGAUAUCAAGUGUAGUGCAACUGAGCAACAAAACGCCUGUGUAGGUUGAUAUUGGGUGAAUAGGGCCGUUAAAGCUACAUUAACUGUUUGUUUUUUUUCUUACCACUUAUGGGGGGGAAAACACAUCAGUCACUAACAUUAUUCAUUUGGUGUUGGGUGGGUAGUGUACAGGGAGUUAUUAGAGCUUUUUCACUGCAAACAGCUUCCUGCUGCUGGAACUUGGGUUGAUGAGGAGGUGUUGAAUGUAAAACCAAAACAACGAGCUGAGCGAAGGUGUAGUACUUCAGAGUUGGGUAAUAAUUGUUAAUUUAUUGUUUAUUGCAAUAAAUUACUAUUGUUUACUAUGAAGAUACUUCAUGUAAUCAUCUUCAUCCCAAACAGAUGAUUUAUUAAUGUCAGUUAACCCCAAACGGUCACAUUCAAAGAUGUGUCACUUAAACAUGCACAUAUUGCAAAGUAUAUGUUGUAUCUAAAUGGUGAAUAGAGCACUUCAUGUACAUGUUAAGUUUUGAAUGUAACAAGCCUUACAAACUUGCACAUGAAAUAUAUAUAUUUGGCUAAUCUGUAUGUAACUAGGGUGAACAAAAUGUCUUCCUAUUAAGCUAACUCAACAGAGUAUCUAUGAUGAUUAUGUUUUAUUGAUGGCUUAGUGCUUUCCUUACCAUCAUGUUUUUGUAUUUUGGAGAACCAUUAGAUGUGUUGCCUGCAUACAUCUGAUUUAUCCAUUAGUAUGGAGUCAUAAUCGAGUGUCUGUGUUUAUUAGCUUUUUCUAUCCAGACCUCUGUAUGUCAGCCCGCGUCCAGUGGUUGGAGAAGCAGUCAACCAAUUUAGGCCCUUGUUUUCACGACAACAGUUUCGCUAUUUCCUUUGCAUUUUAAAAAAGUUCAGUAGAUGGCGAUAUAACUUGAUGAGUCUGCAGCAUAAACAUGGCUUGAUAGUCUGCCGCUGUUGUUGUUCUCCUUAUAUUCGCACUCGGCUAUUAGGGUGAAAACAUAAUAGCCAUGUGCAGUGUUGUCACGGUUUUCACAAGAGCUGUGUCCUGCCAGUUUACGUAGCGACAGUAAGGGUGACAUUAUCAGAAGAUUACAUUCUGGAACCUGGUUUCAAAAGUUUGUGUUUUCAAGCCCCCAAAACACAGUUGUCAUGUGAACUAAAGGCCAAACUGCAACAAAGCUUUACUGUUUUAUGCAAAAACCAUCAUAGUGUAAACAGGGCCGUAGAGUUUUGUAGGCAGGAUUAAGAAUGAGGGCAUCAUCUCCCUAAAUCUCUCUACUUUAUUACAACAAUAAAAAGUGGCAGCAGAAUUAUAAACAAUAACCGAUAUACGAUACAAAAAUGUGAAAUACUCACCUGCAAGUCUCCAGAAGCUGAAGCUGCACCACAGCGAAGAUGCUGGUUGUGCGAAUGCUCAGAAAAAUUGACUUUUUUUUUUUUUCGCUAAUUCGCAAUAUUUGUUUCUGUGUGAAAGUACUCAUGACGAAAACAACAGUUCAAAAAAUAUAUUGACCUGCAAAUUGAUCACAUGAAAAAGCGUCCUAGUGUGUAAAUACCUUAAGAGUUGUCCAUUCAUAACCUGCACAGCUGCAAACAUCAAGUAAGUGUGUUGCAAAUUUUUUGGCCAUUUUUCUGCCACUAUUUUUCAUAGAUGUAGAUAACCUGCUGGCUAUAUGGGAAGAUCCACAUUCUUCAUUCCACCUACAAAGCUCUGGUUAGUUGAUUGUUCUCCACUCACAGGAAAGAGCUGUCAAUGAGCACAACACCAGACCUAUUUGAAUCUGAAUGGGCUGUGUGAGCAGUUAUUCAGAGGCCUGGAACCAGACUAAUUUGUCAGCAACAAUUAGACUUGGCCAGUUUUAAACAGAAUCAUAUUGGUGUAGUUUUUCCUGGGUUGAUCCAUGGUAUCAAGAAAUGCUGUCUGUUGUCUGGUGUCUUUUUUUUUUUCAUACUAUCAGUGAGGAAAGUCAGAGAGUUUCAUAUUCUACUUACUGUGGAUUCAAUUGAAGUAAUGGUAGCACCACUGGAUAGUUAUGUUGUGGGCAAGUCAAAACAAUUUAUCUCAAUAAUUAACAGUACUUAAACUGGGAUCUCAGACCUAAAAAUGUACUAGUAACCAUGGAGGGUUACAGCUUCAUAAUGUACCAUGUAGCUGUUCAUUAAUAGUUUCGGUCUGGUUCAGUCUCCUGUUUCCUCACAGAGGUUUAGGGUUUGUGGUGCUCCAGUCUAGAAAAGAAUGAGUCCAGCUCCUCCAACUCUCAUGGAUCACUGCCUUACAUACCUGCCCAUACCCCCCCUCCCCACACACUCCCCAGUGGAGAGGGUAUGAGUGUUUAAACCUUUCAUAUAAUCAUCAAAGAUCUGGUUGGGCUUUGAAUGUGUCCUCUGGUGUUAAUUUAACAGGUACUGUAGUUUCAGGACAGUUGGUCACCAAUUCUUGUCUUGUGUAUGAUUUCACAUACAAGCUGUGUGGUGUUAGCUUUUGAUGAUGUGUUUCAGAUCAUUCCUGCAAACUGGAACAUGCCAGUUGUUCAUUGAUUUGACAGUUUAAAGUCCAAAAGAGCAAAUUUUGUGAUUUUUUUUUGUGAAUCAGAUGAUAACUUGUACACAUGUGCGAACAAAAUAACCUAAAAAUGAUUUGUGCGACCAAGAUAACAUAAAAUUGCUUAUGUGAACAAUGUACCAAUAUCCUCCUUAGACAAAAGAAUAACUAGUGCAUAUUAACUUGUGCCUGCAAGGAAAAAAUAUUUCUGAAUUUCAGGUAUUCUGUACUACUUUCAGCUGCAUCCUACAGUUUUCAUUUGCAGUAGUAAGUGGACCUUGAGGUGGUUGUUGUUGUUGUUGUUGUUGUUUUUUCACAAUCUUUAGAAUGAAAGUUAACCCUCAUAUGUAAUUUGUGCAGUACAGGUGAAAUCUGUCAUGUCCUUAAAAUGCCUGUACAUGUUAAAAUGAGAUUUGUAUUAACAGAUGUAAUACAUAGAGUUAAUGGGUGAAAGUGAUGAGCAGUGCCAGUCAGCAGCACCUUACUGAAGUAUGUUUGAACAUUACAUUAACAUCAUUCUAUUGAGAAAACGGUAAAAAAUCAAAUCAUUUCUUUGUGCCCAGCUGCAGGUUUGAUGUGGCCUGGACGUUUCACAGUUGUAGAACACACUUAUUUGUUUUUGCAUAUGAUCAUUAUACCUCUACUUUGCAUACGAUUUAUGUUAAAACCUAAAUGAAUAAUGGAACCACUACUGCUCAUCUGGUCAACUAAGGUGUAUCAUGAAAUGUAUGUAGUGUAACAUGACUUGCAAAUUUCAGUGUACUACAACAAUACAUUGUAUUCAUUUGGAACCAGGGCCUUGGCUUCCUUUGAGGACACAUGUUCAAUUUUACUUGAAAAUGUAGGGUUUUUAGAAAUGUAGUGGAACACUUUCAACAUCUGUCUGCAAGUUGUACUUCAUAUUAAGAAGUUUAUGCAAAGUGUGUUGCAUAUAAGCACAGAUACAUAUGUUGCAAGUUUAUGUAUUUACAAUUUCUGUUACAAGUUUGCAAAUGAUAUUCCAACCCUGUGCAGCACAGCUGAAGUUGAUGUUUUUAUGUCUGUAGGUUGUUCAUUAAGUGUCACAUAUAUUGGGGACAUUGGGGUUAGAGCCAUAAAUGUAUCAUUUUAAAGAUCUCUUAUCUGAUUGAAACCCAGAGUCAGUGAUCUAGUUAGUUUGCAGUGGAACAUGUAAAUGAUCUUGUGUUUCUCCUCAGCAGUCUUCAGUGCUCUCCUUCCAGAACCAGACUUCAUCCAGUGGUUUCUGUAAGCGUCAAUAAACUUCAGUGAACACACA